GUAGAACGUGUGGCGGCGGCGGCGGUGAUCGCGUCUCCUCUUUCGCUACCAGUCCCGCUGCUGCUCUGUGAGUGCCCAGCGCGUCUGUCCCGUCCAUCACCCGCAGCCGGUCGCCCGCCUGCCCCUCGCCGCGGCGGCCUUUCGCCAACACCGACACCCACACUGACACCUCCAGUCCGGUCGGCCGCCCCACUCGCUACCUUUCCAUCUCCACACAUGGCCUCCUCCGUGCAGACCGGCGGCUCCUCCGGGGGACCCGCGGUCCCCACCGUGCAGCGGGGCAUCGUCAAGAUGGUCCUCUCUGGGUGUGCCAUCAUUGUCCGAGGGCAGCCUCGUGGUGGGCCUCCUCCCGAGAGGCAGAUCAACCUUAGCAACAUUCGCGCUGGAAACCUUGCUCGCCGGGCGGCUGCUGCACAACCCGAUGCAAAAGAUACCCCUGAUGAGCCUUGGGCGUUUCCUGCUCGAGAGUUCCUUCGCAAGAAGCUGAUUGGGAAGGAAGUGUGUUUCACGAUAGAAAACAAGACUCCCCAGGGGCGAGAGUAUGGCAUGAUCUACCUUGGAAAAGAUAUCAAUGGGGAAAAUAUUGCAGAAUCUCUGGUUGCAGAGGGCUUGGCCACUCGGCGAGAAGGCAUGAGAGCCAAUAAUCCUGAACAGAAUCGGCUUUCAGAAUGUGAGGAACAAGCAAAGGCAGCUAAGAAAGGGAUGUGGAGUGAGGGCAACGGUUCACACACAAUCCGGGACCUCAAAUAUACCAUUGAGAACCCAAGGCACUUUGUGGACUCCCACCACCAGAAGCCUGUCAAUGCUAUCAUCGAGCACGUGCGGGACGGCAGUGUGGUCAGGGCCCUGCUCCUUCCAGAUCACUACCUGGUCACGGUCAUGCUGUCAGGGAUCAAGUGCCCAACGUUUCGACGGGAAGCAGAUGGCACUGAAACACCAGAGCCUUUUGCUGCAGAAGCCAAGUUUUUCACCGAGUCGCGACUGCUGCAGAGAGAUGUUCAGAUCAUCCUGGAAAGCUGCCACAACCAGAACAUUCUGGGUACCAUCCUUCAUCCGAACGGCAACAUCACGGAGCUCCUUUUGAAGGAAGGUUUUGCACGCUGUGUGGAUUGGUCAAUUGCGGUUUACACUCGGGGCGCAGAAAAGCUGAGGGCAGCUGAGAGGUUUGCCAAGGAGCGCAAGCUGAGGAUAUGGAGAGAUUAUGUGGCUCCCACAGCUAAUUUGGACCAAAAGGACAAGCAGUUCGUUGCCAAGGUGAUGCAGGUGCUGAAUGCUGAUGCCAUUGUAGUGAAGCUGAACUCCGGUGACUACAAGACCAUCCACCUGUCCAGCAUCCGACCACCAAGGCUGGAGGGAGAGAACACACAGGAUAAGAACAAGAAGCUACGUCCCCUGUAUGACAUUCCCUAUAUGUUUGAAGCCCGGGAAUUCCUUCGAAAGAAGCUAAUUGGGAAGAAGGUCAACGUGACUGUGGACUACAUUAGACCAGCCAGCCCAGCCACAGAGACGGUGCCCGCCUUUUCUGAGCGGACCUGUGCCACUGUCACCAUUGGAGGAAUAAACAUCGCAGAGGCUCUUGUCAGCAAAGGUCUAGCCACAGUGAUCAGAUACCGGCAGGAUGACGACCAGAGAUCCUCACACUAUGAUGAGCUGCUUGCUGCUGAGGCCAGAGCUAUUAAGAAUGGCAAAGGGUUGCACAGCAAGAAGGAAGUACCCAUCCACCGUGUUGCAGACAUAUCUGGGGAUACCCAAAAAGCAAAGCAGUUCCUGCCCUUUCUUCAGCGAGCAGGUCGUUCUGAAGCUGUGGUGGAAUAUGUCUUCAGUGGUUCUCGUCUCAAACUCUAUUUGCCAAAGGAAACUUGCCUUAUCACCUUCUUGCUUGCAGGCAUCGAAUGCCCCAGAGGAGCACGAAACCUCCCAGGCUUGGUGCAAGAGGGAGAGCCCUUCAGUGAGGAAGCUACGCUAUUCACCAAGGAGCUGGUGCUACAGCGAGAGGUGGAGGUGGAGGUGGAGAGCAUGGACAAGGCUGGCAACUUCAUCGGCUGGCUGCAUAUCGAGGGAGCGAACCUGUCUGUCUUGCUGGUGGAGCACGCACUCUCCAAGGUCCACUUCACCGCCGAACGCAGCUCCUACUACAAGUCCCUGCUAUCCGCCGAGGAGGCCGCCAAGCAGAAGAAGGAGAAGGUCUGGGCCCACUAUGAGGAGCAGCCUGUGGAGGAGGUGGUGCCGAUGCUGGAGGAGAAGGAGCGGUCGGCCAGCUACAAGCCGGUGUUUGUAACCGAGAUCACCGACGAUCUGCACUUCUAUGUGCAGGAUGUGGAGACUGGCACCCAGCUGGAGAAGCUGAUGGAGAAUAUGCGCAAUGACAUCGCCAGCCACCCCCCUGUGGAGGGCUCCUACGCCCCCCGGCGGGGAGAGUUCUGCAUUGCCAAAUUCGUAGAUGGAGAGUGGUACCGCGCCCGAGUAGAGAAAGUAGAGUCGCCUGCCAAAGUCCACGUCUUCUACAUUGAUUACGGCAACAGAGAGGUCCUGCCAUCCAGCCGCCUGGGAACCCUGCCACCUGCCUUCAGCACUCGAGUGCUGCCAGCUCAAGCCACGGAGUACGCCUUUGCCUUCAUCCAAGUGCCCCAAGAUGAGGACGCACGCACAGACGCCGUGGACAGCGUGGUCCGGGACAUCCAGAACACCCAGUGCCUGCUCAACGUGGAGCACCUGAGCGCCGGCUGCCCCCAUGUUACCCUGCAGUUUGCUGACUCCAAGGGCGACGUGGGGCUGGGCUUGGUGAAGGAGGGGCUGGUGAUGGUGGAGGUGCGAAAGGAGAAGCAGUUCCAGAAAGUGAUCACAGAAUACCUGAAUGCCCAGGAGUCGGCCAAGAGUGCCAGGCUGAACUUGUGGCGCUACGGAGACUUCCGAGCCGAUGACGCAGAUGAGUUUGGCUACAGCCGCUAGGGAGAACUCGGGUCUGGCCCCAGCACCACUCAUGCCAACGCCUCACCCUCUGCUGGGGUGGGGGGCCUCAGGUCCAGAACCCAGACAGGGGGCGUAGAUUGGGUCCAGCUUUGCUUCAGUGUAUGGAAGUAUCUCAUCGGGUGGAGUCGGGGUGGGCAGUGGGCAGCCAAGGCUUUCUGAGGGCAGGGUCUUGUUCUCCAGGGUGACAGGCACUGCCCUCCUGUCUCUCCCAGCUAAUUGUGUUUUAUUGGGAGUUGGUGGUUUUUUAAACUGUGCUCAAAUCAGGAAGCAACAUGAGAGAGCAAAAGUGGAGGGGUGAUCCCAGCAGCCCAGGGUACCCACCUGUGGGUGCCUCCCCACCACCUCAGACCACCCUUCUACCCCAGCUUUCUGUCCACCUAUUGAUUAUGUGAGUUCUCUGAUACCAUUCUCAAAUGCCAGCGUGUCCACAUCUGCCUCCUCACCAGCCCUCCCCCAUUCUGUAUUUAAAGCUUUCAAGGCCCAAUAAAAUAGUCCAUGCUCUCUGCA